UAAAGCAUUUAUCAUGCAAAGAGCAGACUCUCAGUUCAGCAGAGGUGCUAGAAGAGGAGACAUCGUUCCUAUUCGAACAAGAGCUUUUAUUCAGUAUUUUUCAGUUUCUGAGUGUCCAGUGUUGGUCAUGGCGGGAUAUCAGGGUGGUUAUGUGCAGCGCUUUCAGAACUAUCUGGAACGUUCUGGAGAACACAAGGUUAUUCAGAAGCUAAUGGAUUCGGUUCUACCUCAAGAACUGACCAAGAUGGCCGAGGGAAAGUCUGACUUCAGGGUGCUCGGGGUUGGAAGUGGUGGAGGGGAGAUGGAUGUGUAUCUGAUAUCGAUCCUGCAGUGCGCUCUUCCAUCUGUCCCGAUCAGCGUGGACAUUGUGGAGCCCAGCACUGACCUCACUCAGAACUUCAAAGCUCUGGUGGCCAGAACCUCCAGGCUCCAGGACGUUUCGUUCAACUGGAACAUCGUCUCUUGUGCGGAAUAUGAGAAACAAGUCAAAGCUAAAGAGGACGUCAAGUUUGACCUCAUCCACAUGAUUCAGAUGCUGUACUACGUGGACGAUCCUGCUGCAACACUGAAGUUCUUCCACAGCCUCCUGAGGGAGAACGGCAAACUGCUCAUCAUUCAUGAAGCAGCGAACAGCGGCUGGGAGAUCCUGUGGAAAACCUUUAGGAAGGAGCUCUGCACCAACACGCUCUCAGACUACCUCUCCGCCGGGGACAUUAAGGUCCAGCUGGACACCCUGGGGCUGUGCUAUGAGGAGCUGGUGGCCAGGAACACGCUGGACAUCACCCAGUGCUUCACAGAGGGCAGCAGGGACGGAGAGAUGCUGCUGGACUUCAUGACGGAUAGAGAGAACUUCCGCUCAUCGUUCUCGGCCGAGGUCCGCUCCGGCAUGCUGGAGCUGCUGAAGAACGAGUGCAGCACCACCAGAGACGGACGAGUGCUCUUCGACUGCAGCCUGAGCGCUCUGCUCGUACACGCUUAAACUACUGUGAGGCACUUUAGAGUGAAGGUGUCAAAAUUACACAGGAAAUUUUACAGUAUUAAAAGGUUGUGUAGUGUUGAUUGAGUGUUAAUGAAAAAGAGCCCAGUGUUUUAGUGGAGUAUGUUUUGCAGGGAGUCAGUUAAACCUCAUGGUGAAGGUAAAGUCAACCAGGGCUGUCAUUAUUGGUUAUACGAGUUCUCAGGUGAUCUAAUGGUUAUUUUGAUGAAUAGAUUACCUGAGUAAAAUCAACAACUUAUCAGUUACUCGAUUGAAACAUUUAGAAUAGAUUACAAUUGAUGUUCUUGAUGAACCGGCUUAGUAAUUAAUAUCAGUCAAAUUUAUCUGUCUAUUCAGUGUUUCCUGAGCCACUGGCUGCCACACAACCCCAAGGCGUAAUAGACCCACCUUUAUGUUUAACAGUCGGCACGGUGUACCUAUCAUCAAAUGCUCUAUUUUUCCAAACAUAUCUGUGUCAGUUGUUGCCAAAGAGUUCCAUUUUUACUUUAUUUAGAUGUUUUUCAUACAUCAGACCAGGCCAGGCUUCAGUGGGUCAUUUAUUUGGGGCAAUGUCCCACUAAAUCCACUAAUGUUUAUAUAGAUUGAAACAUUUAUAAUAGCUCACAAUUGAUGUCCUCGAUGAAUCGGCUCAGUAAUUAGUUUAAGUAAUAACCAGGGUGUCCGAAGGUCCUUAUAAAGCCGUGUUCAGCAGAUUUUAGUGGGGUCGUUCUUGUGAUGUCAGUUCAGUGGUGUAAUGGUGACCCCUUUGAUGAUUCAGUUCAGCCCUCAGUUUUUGGGUCACGAUUUAGCCUGAAAAAUAUAACCAACUUUGAACCUCACAUAACAUUAUGCAUACAUUAAAGGCAAGAUAUCCAAAUAUAAACCAGAAGUCUUUUCAAAAAGAGAAAGGAAUUAUUUACUUUUAAAAGUUCCUCCUUUACGAAAUUGUUGCAAAACAAAGAAAAAAGUAUUUAAAUAAUAAAUGUGGACACCAAGAGGUAGAGCAGUUGUACUAAUUAGUGAGUAUAAAGAAUGAAAACAGCAAAUUAAAUAUAAACAUUGUGACAUGAAUCACUCUGUUUUUUAAGUUUUCCUUUCAUCCAGAGAGCAGCAGGUAGAACAGCUGUCAGUAGAACAGCUACCCGCUGUCAGUGCACUGAAUUGUGCCUCACCAGCUCUUCACAGCAACUUCUGCUCCACAUGUGAACUGAAGGGUGGUGUGCUUGGAAUUUCACACCAUGGCUGGAGCUCAUCUAACAGCGAUUGGAAGGGACCCUUUUCGUCCUGACAUACUCGAUGCAGCAGAAGUCAUAUAAAACAUUACAGCAGCCAAAGAGUUACAAAUGAGAACGUAGAGAAAGUCCUUUUAUCGUCCCUGAUGUUGAGGACGUCUUUAUUAAGGAAUUCAUCUAAUGUUUACAUGAAAGAUCGUUGUUUGGUAGAGCAGUUUUUAUUUUCAGAGAUGAGCAAGCUCGAUGAGCGCUGCAAGCUUUACUUUGCUUGACCACGAAGGCAAGUUAAGGGUCUUGUUGGAAAUUCGGCACCAAGAGUCAGGAGACUGGAGCUUCGGCGUUGACUGGAGUUUAUUUCCACAUACAGAGUCUGGGUACAGCGUGGUCAAUCAACAGUCAAUCAGCAGGAUCAGGAGUCUAGUCUUAUUCCUGUGCAUGCAGACAAUCAUGCACGGGCACAGCUUGGUCAUCAGUGUGUCAACAGUCCGGUCUGGUCACCAGUCUAGUCUAGUCCAGUCUGCUGAAUACAUGGUCUGACAUAGUUUAAGUAGAGAUACUGGGGGUCGGGGGAGGAAGCAAGAGGGAGGGGAAGUAGGUGACAAUCAAAAGGUUAGGGAAGAAUUGGAAGGGGGUCUGGGGUCAGGGGAGACCCCAGGGGUAAGGUGAGGUUGUUCUCACCUCAGGGGGAACAAUACAGAUAAAACACCAAUAGGCACACAACUGUAAGACAAUACAGCUGACACAACAAAAAGACAACAUAGGUUACAACAUAGAAGAAAGCAAAUGUGAAAAGACCUGUACUUUCUCUCAGUCUCAUGACAAUUUAGCCAACAAGGUUAGCUGAGAUUAUUUGCUAAGGUUUCCUAGAAUGAAGUCAGUGCUGUGCAGGCUGGGAAUAAUGCCAGACAGUUAUCUUGUUGUCUGUUGGUCAUAUUAUGUGAUUUAACUUGACAUGUUUACAUUUUCCCUUCUAAUUUGAAUUGUCUGUUCCACCUUAAACAGUGCAGCAGUUGCAUCCUGGUGCAUUUAGGAAAUGCCAGAGAUAUUAUAAAGGAGGAAUCAGGUCACUGCUUGGAAAAUAAAAGCUCAUAACGCUCAUUUGUUUAUGGAGACCCUUCAAUAAAAAGAGUCAAUCAGCUUACUGGUUAUGCUUCGAGUGCGAAAGCCCCCUCUCAGUUGUGGAGAUCUGGGCAAGUGAAGCAGCCAGAACAACCCAAAAUACACAUAAUUUGUAUAUUUGAGCCAAAAACUGCAAACAGUUUAUUUCAGAGUUUUCCACUGAUUUUAAAUAUGUUUUUGAAAUGGUAAUUUGGCCUUUAAUGUCAGUUUUAUAGAUCUCCCUAUUCAAAGAGAUGGGAAUUCUGGGGGAGUUUCACAAAGCAGGAUUUCUCAGUCAGAUAACUUAAGCCCAAAGAUGAGGACUGUCCAAUAGGAAUGUCCCUCAGCUCUACUCCUAUUGGACAGGCUUGACUUUAGGCCUAAGUUAUCUGGCUAAUUUGAGAAAUCAUGCUUUGUGGCGGUGUUGCCUAGAUGGCCAUAGAGUGGACAGACUUUCCGUGUAAGGACUUUGGAAAUGUGUUGACACCAGAAUGUAACAGAUGCACAGUUCAAGUUUCAGUUUCUGUUCAGAACCAUUCAGACCAGUAGUGCACAGCAGUGGUAGCUUGCGUACGCAAAUAUUCAUAUCUCGACUCCUUAAUGAGCUCAUAAUUCAGAGGAUCCAGUGAUUAUUUGGAGUAAAAUGAACAAAAUGAAUCAGUAUAGCAACAUUUUUGUUGAUUACAGAACGUGAUUUUUGAGAGCGCUAUUCAUUUUUCCCGUAGAGACAAACGGCCGAGACCUGAAGGUCCUUUUUUGGACGAUGUGCUGACUACGAAAGUCUGUAGGGGUCUGUAAAGUUAAGUUAAGUAAAGUAAGUGUAAAAUCAAUACCAGUGUUGUGAACGGUGCUCAUUAUUAGUGCUCAGUGUAACUUAGAUCUGUAUACAAACUGAGAAGGUGCUACAUUUAACACUAACAGAAUUAAUUUCACACGGGCAAGUUGCUGUGUAUGAAAUAACGUAUAUAGAAUCAUGCAGAUGAACAAAUAAACAGUUCCAACCAGCUAUAA